UGAUUAUUAAGGCAGCCAAUGAGCACAAAGAGAUUAGGAUCAACUUUCUAAACCCAACCAAUAGAAAAAAAGAUAAGACCCUUCUGUGGACCCAAAAGUGCACAUCAUAAGUGUAUACAAUACUGUUAAUAUACUGUAAAAGCACCGCUUGGGGACAUAUCACUUGAACAAGUGUAUACAAUAUUGUUAAUAUGCUGUAAAAGCACCGUUUGGGGGACAUAUCACUUGAACCCAUUUGUGCUCUACAGACUAAAAGAGACAACAUUACUCAAAACAACUCCUCAAUCGCUCGGCUUGAUUUGAAUUUUGAUAUUCUCAGUAUCGGUUCUUCUUUUGAAUUCCAAUUCUGUUCUGGGUUUUCUAUAUAGACCAUGAUUUCUAACAAAAAUUUGGCAAAAGCCGUUGGGGGUAAAACGGCUAGAGCCUGUGAUAGUUGUAUCAAAAUGCGCGCACGAUGGUACUGUGCAGCUGAUGAUGCGUUCCUGUGCCAGGCUUGCGACUCUUCGGUGCACUCAGCGAAUCCGUUAGCGCGUCGACAUGAAAGGGUUCGCUUGAAAACUGCAUCUAUUAAGAGUCUGGACAUCAAGAAUUCAGCACCAUCGUGGCACCAAGGGUUCACCAGAAAGGCUCGGACACCACGACAUGCGAAAUCCGUGUCAAAAAAGGUUGAAGGAAAAGCACGGAACCCAGCUCCUCUUGUGCCUGAAGUUGGUUCUGAUGAGAACUCACAUGAAGAGUAUGAAGAGGAGCAGCAGCUUCUUUAUAGGGUUCCCGUAUUUGACCCGUUUGCGUCGGAGCUAUGCACCUCAACAAUUUCAAAUGAAGCAGAAGCAGCUCCGACGACUGUUGUUAAUGGAGGUGAAUCGAAGGUUUUGGUAGGUGGGUAUGGAGGAGAGGGGGAUAGUUGUCAUGGGUUUCUUCCAUCAGAGAUGGAUCUUGCGGAGUUUGCAGCUGAUGUGGAGACUUUGCUUGGGAGGGGUCUUGAGAAUGAAUGUUUUGGAAUGGAAGAGCUGGGCCUUGUGGAUUAUAAAGAGGAGGAAACGAGAGAGUGCUCUAUUGAGAAGGGGAAAGUGAAGGUAGAAGAGGAAGAUGGAGUUCAUGCAGAAGUUGUAAGGGAACAUCAUGUUGAUACUGAGAUUGAUAUGACAAGAGAACCCUUCGAAUUGAGCUUUGACUAUGACUCUCUUGCAACAUGUGCUGAGGAAGACGAGAAGGUGGAGUUUGAAGAGAAGGUCGUCAUCAACAACGGUGAGGGAGAGGAGGAAAAUCGUGGAAAGAAGAAGAGGAAGAUGCAAUUAAGGUUGGAUUAUGAGGCGGUGAAGACAGCAUGGGCAAACCAAGGGUGUCCAUGGACUACUGGAAGUAGGCCGGAUAUCGAUGCCGAUGAAUGCUGGCCUGAUUGCAUGGGUACUUGUGGGACAGCAACCCACCACCCUUACGGGUACGUUGGUGGUUUUGGUGGACAUCCGGCGAUGGGAGACGGAGGGAGAGAGGCAAGAGUGUCAAGGUACAGAGAGAAGCGGCGAACGAGGUUGUUCUCAAAGAAAAUAAGGUACGAAGUUCGGAAACUGAAUGCGGAGAAGAGGCCCAGAAUGAAAGGGAGGUUUGUCAAGAGGACGUCCUUUCAAGCAUCUGCUUUUCCUUUACUCAACAAAUCCUGUUAAUUAGCUUCACUAAGUUUUCUGCGGGUACUAAAAUGGUGUUUUUGCACAAAUCCAAUAAAAGAAAAUUAAUGUAAAUAGCUUCAGUCAAA